GGUCAGGGUACACGAGCGACGUCUUCGGCAGUUCGAACGAGAAGCUUGCGCAGUGGAGAUCGUUCGGUCUCUAUUAACGAUAUCAACAUGGCUGUUUAUACGUUCGUGCAGCCGCUAUUUUCAAAUCGCGAUUCAUACAUUACUUUAAAUCGUAUCAUCCUCGUGUUCCUUCUAUAUUUGUUUCUAACAACAGGAGGAACAAGUACUCCUUUAACUAAUCAUUAUGUGAAUGAUGCAAAUUAUUAUGAAAUCUCAAGCAAUGAUGACAAUUCAAGUCCCUUGGAGAAAUUUUACUUAAUUACUGGACAAAGGUGGCACACAGAUACUGUGCUACCUAUUCCUUUAUUGCCAUCUACAGAGGGAAUGUCUGCUCGAUCUCAUCACAGAUAUCAACUUUUUAUACAUAGGAUCCCACAGUCCAUAACGGGACUGGAUGAUGCUGGAAUGGAUUUGCAAGCAGCUCAACUCAGUACCCGCACAGGACAGGAGGUACGUUCCACUGCAACCUUAUCAUGGCUAGACUGGCAAUUGCCCCUGUUUGUAGCAGUUUGCGCCAUCGGUGGCGUCAUUCUCUUUACAUUUCUGAUUUUGUUAUGGCUGCGGAAACAAAUGUCGCGUGAAAAAGAUACCGAAGAUGGUGAUAGGAGAGGUUUGGUAGAAGAAGGUGCUGUAGGUCACCCGGAAAAAUCUGUAAAACCUUCAAAAGGAUCGAUUGAAUGGGUUCAUCAACCCGCAACGAAAUCAUCAAUACAAUCUGUUCCUACUCGACCUCUUACGCAACCCAUUGGUUUACCAGAAGUAAUGUCAGUAGCGACUCCAGAACGCAGACCGGAACCGAUACGCAUAAGGACUAAAGGAUUGUUAGAACGACGUGGAUCAAGCGCAAGUUUGACUAUAGAAUUAGCACCACCUCCGGAAAGUCCACCUCAUAUUGUUACACCUACUCGUGAAUGUACUGCAGAGGAAUUUCUAUUAAGCGCUGGAAACGUUUUAUCAAGAGCUCAACUUAGAAAGGCAAUCAGUGACACGGCAUCGUUACAUAAAGAAUUUUGGGAAGUUCCUCUUAAUUUACCCGAGAAAUUAGAUAUAUGUGGAUCUGGGGUGAAGAAUAGAUAUUGUUCCGUAUUACCAAAUCCACAAUCAAGAGUGAUUUUACCGGGUCCUUCUGAUGAUCCUCUUUCGAGUUAUAUUAAUGCCAAUUAUAUUCGGGGAUAUGAUGGAGAAGAUGCACGCUAUAUUGCAACACAGGGACCAUUAGCUCACACUGUGGAUGAUUUUUGGAAAAUGGUCUGGGCAGAAAAAGUACCCGCGAUAGUUAUGAUGACGAAAUUACAUGAAGCCGCCAAAACAAAAUGCGAAGCAUAUUUUCCAUUGGAUAAAAAUAAUCGCAUACAGGCUGGACUCUUUACAAUUAUUGUUACUUCUAUUGAUACAAGAGAAGGAUACACGAUUAGAGAUUUGGAACUUCGAUAUGAAGGCGAAAAAAAGCAUGUGCAGCAUUACUGGUAUGAUUCAUGGCCGGACCAUGCCGUACCUCAAACAGCGGAUACCCUUGUUAGUUUAGCUGCAGAAAUAAAUUCUUUACCAGGUCCGGUCGUUGUUCAUUGCAGUGCUGGAAUUGGACGAACUGGCUGUUUCAUAGCUUUAGCUACGGGAAUGACGCAGUUAUUACGAGAUGGGAAUGUAGAUGUAUUGGGUAUUUUAUGCCAAAUGAGAUAUGACAGAGGUGGUAUGGUUCAGACAGCAGAACAAUAUGAAUUCGUUCAUCGUGCACUUUGUCUGUAUGAACAGACACUUGAAGGUGGUAAAUCAUCAAGUUCAGGUGAUUGAAAUUACAAACAAAGUGAUUAUGGGAAUUGAUAAAAGUUCAGUAGAAGAAAAAGAAUUGGUCUUAGAAUUAUUAUAUGAAAAGAUUUACGAAAUGAAUAUGGUCUGCAACAUAUUAUUAACGUCCGGGUGUGAACAUUUGUACUAUGGAGGAAAUCCUAUGAAAAGAAUCUCGAUUUCAAUUCUAGACCAACGGAUGUCUUAUUCGAUCUUCAGCUAUUCAAGAUGAGUUUUAUCUCACUAAAUAAGCUGCCAUUUCUAUACUGCCAUGACAAAUCGUUGACAAUUAAUAUCAGUCACAAAGCUCAAGAUAAAGGUAAAUGAUUAUUGACUCAUGUUCUAAAGAGUUCUACAUUAUUCUUAAACGGAAUUAAAACUGUUUGACAAAUGGGGAAAAAAAAAAAAAAAAGAAAAAGAAAAAAAGAAAAAA